GGAUAGUGGUACUGGGACAAAGGACUUUUAGUCCCCAGCACCACAUGGUCCCCUGAGCACUUCCAGGUGCUGCCCACUCCCUUUGCUACGGCGUGUCAGUCUUGCCCAUUCUACAUCCUGGAGUUUGCAGUUCUCCUGGGACAGGGGCCAUUUCACUAUUCACAUUAUUCACAUUUCCCCUGUGCGGCAGCUGUUCCCUUCCGUCCAGUGUUAACAAGGCCAUCUUCACCUGAUCUUCCCAAAACCUCCCUGUUGGAAGUCCUAGACUGUCUGUUUUCAGUAGCUUUCCCGAUUCCCUUCCCUCCUGAGUCCAGAGAAAUGAAGGAGCGGUGUCUGGGGAGUGACUGGGGCAACCGAGCAGCCCUUUCUGUCCUCACGCCUGCGUCCCCUGAGACGGCAGCAGGGUCGCCCUUGAGCCACCCACGGGACAGAGGGCGCCGGGAGGCAUCAGGGGUGGAGGCCGGUGCUGGUCUGGCACACGGAUGACCCAGGUUGGACCCUCAGCACUGCAGGCAGACCCCCGGCACCAGCAGGAUUGGUCCCUGAGUACAGAGCUAGGAGCAAGCCCUGAGCACUGCCAGGUGUGGUCUGAAAGCCAAAAAAAAAAAAAAAAAUUUCUAAAUGCUCAACCCGGGGCCAAUCGGGGGCUCCUGGCGGGAGGGCUGGAUUCCGUCCCUGGCACUGCAGUCUCGUCUGGCUGACUGAGCUGUGAGAACUCUUUUUUUUUUUUUCUUUCUUCACUAGUUCCCAGUCCUUUCCGUUCCUAAGGGCUGGAGACUCGAUCUCCGAGUGAAGGCUUCGAAGGCCGUGGCUACAAGAAGUGGGUUCCAGAGGAAGGCCAGGGAGGGGAGAGGGAACAGGCCAAGGUCAUUUCUAAUUCUUUUCUAUCUCCAGCCAGCGUGUCACCCAGGUGAAUGAGCUGCCGGAGACCGAGUCGGACAGCAUGCCCCGAGCUCGGCUGGCCUGACCCGCAGCCCGGAGGGGGCAGCGCAGGCGGCCACGGCUCUCGCGGUGGGGUGGAGUUAGGGUCCAGCCUCGCCAGCCCUCCCGUGUCCGAUUUCUCUGUGUCAGCUGUGUCCCAGCUGUCCACUUCCCUCCAGCCCUGUCACAGCAGCUCUGACACCCGGGCGAGAGGCUGGGAGGGCUACACAGACAGGCUCGGUAGUCGGUGUGAGUCCAGAGGGCCGGCGGGUCAGGGGGGGAGUCUUGGCUCCCAAGAAAGGGUACCGGGUCUUCAGCACGCCUCAAGACCCGGGGGCUUCCUCUGCCUCGCGCCACAGACUGCGAGCUGGCUUAGGGGACCCCAGACGUAAGUGUCCCCGUUGUCCUCUCCCCGUUCCCAGGGCUCCUCUCCCCCAGCUUCUCCCAAUCCCGGUCUACUCAGCUUUUCUCAUUUCCCCCCCUCGUCUGGGACUAGUGUGGGGUUUAGGAGGAAAACUGUUCUUCCCUGGGGUAAGAGCUCAGAUUGGAGGGUAGGCGGGGUGGGGUCGAGGGAACGCAGGAGUAAGGAAAGGCAAGGCUCAGAUGACUCUGAAAACUUAAAAAUAGCUGAGGCCUGAGAGUCAUGGAACUAGGUCCCGGGCCCCUGGGCUCAGAGAGUGGCGGGGCACUCGGGGGGCUGCGCCUUUUCUCCGCACAUGCCCCUAAGCAAUGCCUCUGUCCUCUGGCCCUCUCGAAACAGCCCCUCUGGAGUCUCUAUAAAACCCCCCAAAGCCUGGAGUUGGAGAAUCAAACCUGGGGGCUACUUCUUAGGGCGGGAGGAUCAGAGUGGGCUUGGGACACUGGUUGGGUCUUUUCAUUAGCCUCGUGGCUUUUCUCUGGACCCCUGAGGACUCUUCCUUUUCACACGACCGUUAAGCUCAGUUUCUCCCAAAGCCCCCCCUUCCAGGACCACCCUGUCUCAGGCCAGGCGUGAGGAGGGCAGAAUGGCACUCAGGGGUUAGAUGUCAUAGUGGGGUCCGCCCUCUUGCAGGAUGACAGAAAAGGAGGGGCUGGAGUCCCCUAAGCCCUCCUUCCCAGCAGAGACGCCGCAAAGCGGGCUGCAGCGGCUGAAGCACUUAUUCAGGAAAGAGGCUCAAGGGACAAAAGAGAUGGAGAUCCCCGAGGAGCCCCAGGCCAACGGGGAGGCAGUGGGAGCCGGGGGUGGGCCCAUCUACUACAUCUAUGAGGAGGAGGAAGAGGAAGAGGAGGAAGAGGAGGAACCACCCCCAGAACCUCCUAAGCUCGUCAAUGAUAAGCCCCACAAGUUCAAAGACCAUUUCUUCAAGAAGCCCAAGUUCUGCGAUGUCUGUGCCCGGAUGAUUGUCCUCAACAACAAAUUUGGCCUUCGCUGCAAGAACUGCAAAACUAACAUCCACGAGCACUGUCAGUCCUACGUGGAGAUGCAGAGAUGCUUCGGCAAGAUCCCCCCUGGUUUCCGCCGGGCCUACAGCUCCCCUCUCUACAGCAACCAGCAGUACGCUUGUGUCUCUGCUGCCAGCCACAACGACCCCGUGUUUGAGACCCUGCGCACGGGGGUGAUCAUGGCAAACAAGGAGCGGAAGAAGGGACAGGCAGAUAAGAAAAGUCCUCUCGCAGCCAUGAUGGAAGAGGAGCCAGAACCUGCCAGGCCGGAGGACAGCAAACCCCAGGAUGGGAACCCGGAAGGGGCUAAGAAGGCCGAAAAGAAGACCGCUGAUGACAAACACAAGCAGCCCGGCUUCCAGCAGUCUCAUUACUUUGUGGCUCUCUAUCGCUUCAAAGCCCUGGAGAAAGAUGAUCUGGACUUCCCGCCUGGAGAGAAGAUAACAGUGGUUGAUGACUCCAACGAGGAGUGGUGGCGGGGGAAGAUCGGGGAGAAGGUGGGAUUUUUCCCUCCAAACUUCAUCAUUCGCGUCCGGGCUGGAGAGCGUGUUCACCGCGUGACGAGAUCCUUUGUGGGAAACCGAGAAAUAGGGCAGAUCACUCUCAAAAAGGAUCAGAUCGUGGUGCAGAAGGGAGAUGAAGCUGGCGGCUACGUCAAGGUCUACACGGGUCGCAAGGUGGGGCUGUUCCCCACUGACUUCCUGGAAGAGAUUUAGGCAAGCAAGACACCUGCUGGCCAGAUUCACCCUUGCCCCGUCCUGGGCAGGCCCAGUGGGGGAGGCUGGGGAGGAAAGAGGCAGAAACUCGGACACUGCUGGGGAGAAAGGGAUGGAACGGAGCUCCCGAAGUCACGUGGCUUCUGGGAAGGGACAUGUGUGCACCUCCUUUUCCCAACUCCCUACCCCAAGACUGCCUUUCUUCUCAACCUCUCAGGCCCAGCCUCUGGGAGCUAGAGAAUGAGCUGGUGUCCAUUGAACGUGUGCACGCGCGCACACACGCAGACACACACACACACACACACACACACACACCAACAACCAGGAACGGGGUGGAA